AUUGUGAAAGCUAAUAUAUUGCUAAGGUCAGCAAAGGCUGAACCAUUUAUGAAUGGCACAUCGGCAGUUUAUAUUGAGCAGAUGUAUGAUUGCUGGAAAAAGGAUCCAAGUUCGGUACACGCAUCAUGGAACGCUUAUUUUCAGAAUGUUGAACAGGGAUUACGACCAGGUUCCGCUUAUAAUGCCCCUCCAUCCGCUGGUCUAACUUAUUCAAGUCCAAUGUUAAUGCCGAUGGAUUCUGUCGUUGCAUCUGCUGCUGCUGGUCUCGAAGAAGUACGAGAUAAUCUAAAAGUUCAGCUUCUCAUCAGAAGUUUUCAGACUCGUGGGCAUAAUGUCGCAGAAUUAGAUCCGUUAGGAAUCAAUUCUGCUGAUUUAGAUGAUACAGUACCUCCUGAAUUAGAACCUAGUUUCUAUGGUCUCGAAGAGCGAGAUAUGGACCGAGAAUUCGUUCUUCCAAUGUCGACUUUUAUUGGUGGAAAUACACCAACUCUUACUUUAAGAGAAAUCAUCACUCGCCUAAAGAAUAUUUAUUGCAAACGUAUGGGUAUUGAAUAUAUGCAUUUAACGAACUAUGAUCAGUUAGAAUGGGUUAGAAAACGAUUCGAAACUCCACUUGCCACGCAGCUAUCACCUGAUGACAAGAAAACUCUUUUCAAGCGAUUAAUUCGUUCAACAAAAUUCGAAGAAUUUCUAGCUAAAAAAUGGCCAAGUGAGAAACGUUUCGGUAUAGAAGGAUGUGAAGUGUUGAUUCCUGCGGUGAAGAAAGUUAUUGAUGUUUCUAGUGCUGCUGGUGUUGAAUCAUUUGUUAUUGGAAUGCCUCAUAGAGGACGACUGAAUAUUUUGGCGAAUGUAUGCCGUCAGCCACUUUCAACGAUCUUAUCUCAAUUCUCAACACUGGAGCCAGCUGAUGAAGGUUCAGGCGAUGUAAAAUAUCAUCUAGGAGUUUGUAUAGAGCGUUUAAAUCGACAGUCACAACGAAAUGUGAGGAUCGCUGUUGUCGCAAAUCCUUCUCAUCUUGAAGCCGUUGAUCCUGUUGUCAUGGGUAAAGUUCGAGCUGAAGCAUUUUACAGCGGAGAUGAAACUGGUGAACAUUCUAUGGCUAUAGUUAUGCAUGGAGAUGCUGCUUUCUCAGGUCAAGGAGUGGUCAUGGAAACUUUCAAUUUAGAUGAUCUUCUCGAAUAUACAACUCACGGUGCAAUUCACAUUGUUGUUAAUAAUCAGAUCGGUUUUACGACAGAUCCUCGUUGCUCGCGCUCUUCACCAUAUUGCACUGAUAUUGGAAGAGUUGUUGGUUGUCCUAUUUUUCAUGUAAAUGGUGACGAUCCAGAAGCAGUAAUGUAUGUUUGUAAUGUUGCUGCAGACUGGCGUCAUACUUUCAGAAAAGAUGUUAUCAUCGAUAUAGUGUGUUAUCGUCGCUAUGGCCACAAUGAACUGGAUGAGCCAAUGUUCACGCAACCUUUAAUGUAUCAAAGAAUAAAGCAGACUAAACCAGUCCUCGUUAAAUACCAAAAGCAGAUUUUUUACGUUAAAGUAUGUAAAUCCAAAGAAGAAAAAUAUGGUGCAAUAUUAGAAGAUGCAUAUGAAAAUGCACAAAAAGUGACCUAUGUGCGUCAUCGUGAUUGGUUAGAUUCUCCAUGGGAUGAUUUUUUCAAAAAGCGUGAUCCAUUGAAGAUUCCUGCUACUGGCAUAUCGAGGGAGACUUUAGAACAUAUAAUCAACAAAUUUUCAUCGGUCCCUGAAGGAUUCAAUCUGCAUCGCGGUCUUGAUCGAACGUUGAAAGGGCGGCAGCAAAUGUUACAAGAAAAUUGUGCUGAUUGGGCGAUGGGGGAGGCUCUUGCUUUUGGUUCACUUCUUCUUGAAGGUACUCAUGUUCGACUUUCGGGACAAGAUGUCGAGCGUGGAACAUUUUCGCAUCGUCAUCAUGUUCUUCACGAUCAGAAAUGCUCUAAAAUAAAUUUUUUUUAUGUGAUAAAAAAUGAAGGAAUUGAUUAUCAACAACAAAGGUAUUUUUUUCAGCAAGCACAAUAUGUAGUGUGUAAUUCAUCAUUAUCGGAAUACGCAGUGCUUGGAUUUGAAUUGGGUUAUUCAAUGGUCGAUCCGAAUUCUCUGGUUAUUUGGGAAGCGCAGUUUGGCGAUUUUGCCAAUAAUGCGCAAUGCAUUAUUGAUCAGUUUAUUUCUUCAGGACAGUCAAAAUGGAUUCGUCAAUCGGGCGUUGUUUUAUCGCUUCCUCAUGGUUAUGAAGGAAUGGGACCUGAACAUAGCAGCGCCAGAUUAGAACGAUAUUUACAAAUGUGUAAUGAAGAUGAUGAAAUUGAUAUUGAAGCCGAAGCCUUUGGAUCGACCUAUGAAGCACAGCAAUUGAACGACACGAACUGGAUUGUUGCAAAUUGUACUACGCCUGCUAAUUACUUUCAUCUUUUACGCCGACAAAUUAUAAUGCCUUUUAGAAAACCACUUAUCUCGAUGGCACCCAAAUCAUUAUUACGUCAUCCAUCAGCACGUUCACCUAUUGAAGAUUUCUUACCAGAUACCAAGUUUCAACGUGUAAUUCGUGAAAACGGUGAAGCAUCGAAGUAUCCUGAUCGCGUCAGUCGUCUUAUAUUUUGCACUGGCAAAAUUUAUUAUGAUUUGGUAUCAGCGCGUAAAAGCUUGAAUCUGGAUUCUCAAAUAGCAAUUUGUCGUAUCGAGCAGAUCAGUCCUUUUCCAUACGAUCUUUUGGCUGCAGAGUGUGCUCUUUACAAUGCAGCAGAAUUAGUCUGGGCUCAAGAAGAACAUAAAAAUAUGGGUGCCUGGACUUUUGUUCAACCCAGACUUAAUUCUCUUCUUGCCAAAGAUCAUCGAAUAAUUAAAUAUGCUGGACGUAAACCAUCGUCUUCACCAGCUACUGGUAAUAAAUAUACUCAUUAUGUCGAACAAAAAGAUCUUCUUGUUCAAACACUAAAUGUGCGUCGAUCUGAUCUGGAUGCUGCAAUGGUUUAA